UUUGCGUUAACGUGCUCGAACAGAUCAGCGAGUCGAUGCCCGCGGCGGAUCGCAAAAACAAGGAUAAGAUCGAAGCGGCCAUCGAUGCUUUCUGCGACCAACGGCUCUCGUCACGGGACGACAAGAUGUGCUACUAUUUCUUGCCGAUCAAGAAGACGAUUUCACACCCCUUCUCCACGGGUAUGCCUAAGUUGAAGGUCUGCCAGCGUCUCAAGGCAUCCAACGCAGAAGUCUGCGAGAUCAAAUACCCGAUCAAAGUCGACAAGGAGAACAUGGACUACAACAAGCUGCGAGUCAAGCAACUCAAGGGGAUCCUGGCAGACCGGGGGGUGGACUGCGACGGGUGCCUGGAGAAGUCGGACUACGUCGCCCGCUGCAAGGCCACCGAGCACCUUGAGCUCUAGAUUCGUUCGUUGUGUUGUCCUUUAACGCGUGCGUGUGUAUGAGUUCGGUCAUCAUUUUCCGUUACACCAGGGGGUAGUGGUUGGUGUCCUUGGUUUGCGUCGGGAACGAGUGUGAGAUAAAUCAAGGAAGAGUCGUGUUAUCUGUUGUUCGUGGCCGCCUGCCUCCUUUGUCAGUGGAAUGAACGAGUAGAGGCUGGCCUCAGACGCCACACUUUAAAUUCACGCACACCAGUUUCGAUUUUGGUUCCCGCAUGAGAGCAAACGACGUGUGUGGGGUGUAAGUUCCGCUCCCCCCGAAACAGUUCGCGGCCUGAAACGAUUUGUCUCCACGCUCGAGCACUGAGGACGGUGCCCCUGGACCUUUGUCCUUGUGUGGAAAGCGCUCCACAUUCGCACGGCGCAGGUAUUUGGCCUUCCCGCUCCCGUGUACGACAAACCCCCAUUCGGGCACCAACAGCGUAUGUUUCUUGGGGUGGGCGA